AUGGCUGCCAUCGUCAAGGCGAUAGCAGGGCUGCCUCUGCGGCUGGAGCACGCGAUCGCCGACCGGUGGCUGGAGGCACUGCAAGUCUGCCAGUGCGCGUGCAGCCUGCUGCUCAGCGAGCUGGAUGAGGUGGAGGCCAACCUACGCUUCUGGCGGCGGCAGGAGCAGCGGGGCGGCCACUUCUGGCACAGCCUGCUGAAGCGCGGCCCGCUGCAGUUUCUGGGGCAGCUGGCGGUGCUGCUGCGACUGACGCGACGGAAGCGAGUGCUCAUUUUCCGGCUGCUGCGCAGCGCGCUGUGCGAGGCGCUGGCGCGGGUGCAGGCCGCGGCGGGCCUGCUGUACCUUCGAGAGCAGGCGGUCGUGGGGCCGGGUACUGCUGGCGGCGGCGGCGCCGAGGGCGAGGCACUCUUCCACCGGGCCGACCGCAUGGUGGCUGCCAGCCUGGCGCAGGUGGCGGCCGCCUUCCACGAGCUAGACCACAGCGUGCAGGCCACGCUGCAGGGGCAGCAGGGCCCCGCGGCGCCGCCUGCCCAGGACUGGCAGGUGCUUCAGGGCACCCUGUCGCGCGUGCUGGGCAUGCACCACCUGCGCGGAGUGCUCAGUCGACUGCAGCUGGUGCAGCAGCAGCAGCAGCAGCAGCAGCAGCAGCAGCAGCAGGAGCAGGGGCAGGGGCAGGGGCAGGAGCAGCCUGCCGUGGCGGCAGAUGCAGGCGUGCCAGCGGGUGGACCUGGGCUGGCACCUGUCGCCGCCGGUGCGCCGCCGCUGACGGCGGCAGCCGCCCUGGACCAGGCUCGCCGCGUGGUGGGGCUCAACCUGGUGCUGCUGGCAAACGCCACGGUGCACAGCGCGCUGCAGGCUGCGCACCGCUCCGCCCGCGGCAUGCGCGGCAAGCGCCUGAUCCAGGUUCCACGCUGGGCCCGCAUGCCGAGCGAGCUGCAGCAGCACUGGAUACGCUACUCAGCUGUCUGCAUGGCCGCCGGCUACGGCUCUUGGUUCCUGUUCCGCCACAGCCGCCUGGCGGGCAGCCAGGACCUGGAUGCCUGGGCGGCACGCGGCGUGGCGGCGGUGCGGGGGGCGUGGCGGGAGCAUGUGGUGGCGCCGCUGGCUGGGGUAAAAAAUGAGCUGUUCAACACGUUCAGGCGGCGCCCCACUGUGGUCAGCAACGUCGAUUUCGAGGCGGAGAGGGACUCGCUGCAGCGCAUGCUGGCUGACUUUCAGCGCGACUAUGUGCGCAAGCGGGGCGAGGCACCGGCAAUCGAGGCGGCGAUCGAGGCGGCGGCGACGGCGGCGGCGCUGGGCGGCGACGGCGAGGAGGCUAGGAUGCUGCAAGGCCUGGACCUGGUGAUGCGCACCUACGAGCGGGAGAUGCAGCGCCCGCUGCGCAACCUAGUGGGCGGCGAGCUCGUGCGCGCGCUGCUCAUCCAGGUUCAGAAGCUCAAGGUGGACACCGCCAGCGCCAUGCUGGAGAUGGACCAGAUCCUGAAGGCAAACGAGCUCUCCAUCUCCCUGGUGGCCGCCGUGCCCGCCUUCCUGGUUGCCGGCACGUCGCUCCUGUACAUCGGCAGGCUGGUGACGCCCACGCCGCCCGACCCGCGGCGUGAGGCGCUGCCUGUGCGGAUGAGCAUGGUUGAGGUGGAGCGAGCGCUGGAGCAUGUGGCGGCAACUGAGGAGGCGGCAGCGGCGGCGCCAGGCGCGGGAGGGCCCCCCGACGAGGGCGCCGUGGAGGCCCGGGAGCAGCAGGGGCUGUUUGCGUACCGCCUCGCCGUGGCAUACGAAGACGCGCGCGAGCUCUUCCGACGCCACCGCGGCCUGCUGGCCAUCGGCGGCAGCGAGUGGCCCAACCUGCGGUCCGACCUGCUGGAGCUUGCCAGCCCGGGGUCGGUGGCGCAGCGCAUGCGCACCACCCAGCGCAUGAUGCGAAGCUACUCCAUCUUCCAACAGUUUUGA